GGUGGAUAGUAACGAUAUUAAAAAUAAUUUUUCGCUUUUGGCCGAUAUUGCGAUAACAUUAGUCAACAAACAAAUCCAGGGAAAAAGCCCACAAUCAUGUAAUUUCUCCCAGUUGAGCUUCCACUUUGUGUAAAAAUGCGUUUAAUAAGAAAGAUGAAAUCAGAUUUAGUUCUCACUAUCGAAGCUUCAGAUGCUGUUUUAGCGUAUCCUCAACCCAGCUUCCACCAAACAUUCUCGUUUGUUGUAAUUUUCGGCCAGUUUUUCGGCAUUAUGCCUCUGCAUGGAGUCAGCAGAAAAAACGUGCAAGAAAUCCGACUGGAGUGGAAAUCAUUUCGAUUUGUUUAUGCCGUCUACAAUAUCUUUGGCGCUUUUGUUAUGGGACUUUUCUGUAUUUUGAAAUUUGCGUUGGAUGGGCUGAUGUUAGACAAGACAGCGACGAUGUCCUUUUACGUCCUCAAUUUUUUUGGAAGCAUCCAAUUUAUCAUAAUUAGCAAACAUUGGGUGACCAUUAUGAAGGAAUGGUCUUUUAUGGAAAUGUCUAUGAGAAAUUACGGUUCUUCGAUUAAUAUGAAGAAAAGAUUUGUUGUUAUGACUUCAGUGAUUAUGACAUUAGCUUUAGUGGAACACCUUUUAUUUAUUGCAAACGCCUUUAUAACAAGUCAAAGUUGCGAAAAUGCUACUUUGUAUAGUGGAGACGAAAUGUAUUUCCGUGUGGCGUUUCCUUCAGUUUUCACGCUUAUUGAUUAUUCUCUUUGGAAAGCAUGUUUUGUUGAAAUUGCUAACAUUUUAUCAACUGCAACUUGGAAUUACACUGAUUUAUUUAUUAUUUUAAUAAGUUGCUCACUCGCCUCACGUUUUGCUCAAAUCAAUCACCGUCUCAAGAAUAAUAAACUGUUGCACGAAAAAUUCUGGAGAGAAAUUAGAGAAGAUUAUAACAAACUCGCACAUUUGACGGCAGUUGUUGACAGAAAUAUCGCUGCUUUAGUCGUAAUUUCGUUUGUUAGCAAUGCAUUUUUUAUAUGCGUCCAGCUUUACAACAGCCUAAAAAUUCGUGUCGGUACCGUCGAAACAGUUUACUAUUUUUUCUCUUUUGGAUUUCUGGUAGCUAGAACAAUCGCUGUUACACUUUACGGAGCUUGGAUUAACGACGAAAGCAGAAAACCACUCGAAAUUCUUCAUUCGGUUCCUUCGGAACAUUAUUGUGAAGAGAUUAGUCGUUUUAUUCAACAAAUUAAUUCCAGUCCUGUGGGAAUAACAGGCUCAAAAUUUUUCAUACUAACCAGAAAUUUUCUUUUAAAGAUGGCCUCAACGAUUGUAACUUUUGAACUAAUGUUCCUCCAGUUUGGACCAUUAAUAAAUACCAACAUCAACCACAGAUCCACAGAUUGUUUUAUGUGAAUUAUUGUAUCAAUUUUUGGAAGAUAAUAAAU